AUGCCUUCCACAAGCUUAUGUCAAGAGGAGACAUGCACUCCAUACAGCCUCAUGGACGACUAUAGCGAAGGAGCCCAUCCCCAAAUCCUCGAAGCCCUCCUACGAACCAACUCCACCCAGCAAGUCUCCUACGGAGGCGAUGAAUACAGCAAUGCCGCCAGACAAUUAAUCCGAGAGAAGAUCAAUUGCACCGGCGACGAGGCGGAUAUUUUCUUUGUUCCCAGCGGCACCUCCGCCAACCUGAUCUCCAUAGCCAGCUGCCUGCGGCCCUACGAGGCAGUCAUCACACUAGACUCGGGACACAUUGCCUGCAAAGAAGCCGGGGCAAUCGAAGCCACGGGCCACAAGCUCAUCGUGGUUCCCGCAGUCGACGGGAAAAUGACACCUACAUAUCUGCAGAAGGCCAUCCAGCAGAACCAGUUCUUUCCGCAUAUGGCCAAACCUAGGUUACUGUAUCUUUCCAAUGCCUCGGAGACUGGCACGGUCUAUACGAAAUGCGAGUUGAGCAGUCUUGCCGCCAUCUGUAAGAACGCCAGCCUUCUCUUGCUAAUGGAUGGAGCGCGGCUGGGUACGGCGCUGUGCUCGACGAAGAACGACAUGACGCUGCGCGACAUCUUCGAUCUCACUGAUAUAUUCUGGAUCGGCGGCACCAAGGCCGGGGCGCUGAUGGGGGAAGCCAUUGUGGUUAAGAAGGACCUGGCCGAGGGAUUCGUCUUCCAUCUCAAGCAGCACGGCGCAUUGCUGGCCAAGGGCCGGACCCUGGGAGUUCAAUUCGUGGAACUCUUUCGGUCGGGUUUGUUCUUUGCAUUGGCGUCUCAUGCCAACCACAUGGCGAGGAAGAUCUCCGCCUGUUUUGAGUCCCUUGGGUAUCCGCUGGCUGCAGAUACUGAGACCAACCAGGUGUUUGUGGUUCUUCCCGAGCUGCUUGUUCGGAGACUGCAGGAAAGAUUCCGGUUUUAUAUUUGGGAGCAGCGUGAUGAUGAGCAGGCUGUGGUUCGCAUCGUGACCUCGUGGGCAACUGAUGAGGUUCAGGUGGAUAAGUUUAAUGCGUGGGUGCAGCAGUGGACGGCAAGUAAGGAGCUUGCCACGGAGUAA